AUGAAAAGAAGAAACUGCUCUGCCACAUCCCUUCUCCUGCUACUCCUUCUACUUGGGGGUUCAGAAUUGGGUGAGUGAAUUAACUUUGGAGAAUAUGAAAAGCUCCUCAGGGCCUUCAGAAAUGGGGGGGUUGGGAUCUAUGGAGAAAAAUCAUCCUAGGACUCAGGCAGGGCCAGUCUUAAGCAAAGCUAUGGAAUAAGAACAAGCCAAAAUGUUUCCACUAAUAACGCACUGAGCAGCCCUGAUGACUCACAGACAAGAGAAAAUGAGGACUACACUACUGCAGACCUGGGGACCACUGAGGACUAUAGCACUGCAGAUGUAGGGACCACUGAGGACUACACCACUGCAGACCCAGGGACCACCGAGGACUAUACCACUGUAGACGUAGGGACCACUGAGGACUACAGCACUGCAGACCUGGAAACCACCGAGGACUAUACCACAGCAGAUCUGGGGACCACCGAGGACUACACUACUGCAAACCCAGGGACCACAGAGGACCAUACCACUGCAGACAUGGGGACCACUGAGGCCCAUACCACUGCGGACCCGGGGACCACCGAGGACUAUACCACUGUGGACCCGGAGACCACAGACCAUACCACUGCAGAUCUGGGGACCACCAGGGACCAUACCAUUGCAGACCUGGGGACCACCAAUGACCAUACCACUGCAGAGGUGGGGACCACUGAGGACUCUUUUACUGCAGACCCGGGGACCACCAAACACUACACCAGUAAACAUCCAGACACUCGCCCUAAGGGAACAGAUUCAGUAACCUCAGUGAAACCCACUAGGCGGCUGACACCUAUCGGAAUCAUCCUCAUCUCCCUGGCCGCCACCACAGUGGCAGUUUCACUCUUUGUUGGACUUGGCUUCUUUGUGGAACUAAAUGGUAGUGGUGAUGAGAGUAAUGAUGGCACUGCUGAUGAUAAUCAAUAUGUAGUGGUGGUGGUGACGGUGGUGGUGAUGAUGCUGGUGAUGUUUAUGGAGAUGGUGGAGAUGGUGGUGGUGACGGAGGUGGUAAUGGUGAUGGUGGUGGAGAUGGUGGUGGAGAUGGUAGUGGAGAUGGAGACAGUGAUGGUUCUGAAUGUCUUUCCUCUUUGA